AUGGCAAGACUCACUAAUGAUGUCGACUACGAUGCCGGCGAAACGUCUGAGAAUGCACCAAGCCCACGGUCUGAUGCCGGUAAUUAUGAUAACUACUAUGACAGACGACUUCGGACGAAGUGCGUCCUACUAAGUCCCCCUGACAACAAGGCCAAGUUGCGACAACGACGUCAAGCCACUUCUAUUAACCAUACGAGAUCUGAACAAGUUCCCUAUUAG